AUGUGCUGCCCUAGGUCUGCGGCGAGUUCGCGGUUAAGAUGGCGAGCUCCUUGGUCGACGAUCGGUCUGCAAUUGGUGGCGUCGAUUGUCGGAAGGUCUCGAUUGGAGGUAGGUUAUCUUUUUUUGCUGAUUUUGGUCGCAAUUUUUGGGACUCCCAUUGGGCUGUUCGUCUUUUCGAAGGGGCUCCAUUUGGGGCUUUUCCGGUGGGGCUCCGAUUUGGGGCUUCUAGUCUUGGUGCAGGCGGAGUACAGUGAUGGUGAUUGGUUGUGGGUCAGCAGGUGGGGUGGGACUCUGGCGUUGGGAGCUGUGGGCUCCGGUUGGCGGCGUGAUUGCGGCGGAGUUGGGUGGAGUGAGGCUUUGUGGUUGAGGCGAUUUUCUGGGGACUACGAUGUCUCGGGAUAUGGUAGUCGGAGGGGAUCUUGUGUGAGGGUUGGCUUGGCCUGGUUUCCUUUCGGUUUAAUGGCGGGUCGAUUCAGGGAUUUUUCUGGGAGUUGGGUUCACCUACUGCUAGGCGUUCGUGCAGUUUCAGUAGCGGGACUUGGGCUCGGGAUAUUUCUGGCAUCGAUCGGUCGCUACUGGUUUGUUGGUGUUGUUGUUUCUCUUUUGUUUGUUAGUGGUGUUGUGUUUGUCAGGAUUGCCCCAGUUGGCUCGAGUGCAACUUUAUUCUCCUGGAAAGAUGGUGAACUAACACUAGCUAGCGUUGACCAAUUCCCCGUAGCCCUAAAAGCCAUUGUUGCAAACUUGCAGCAAGCAGAUUGCAGAGGGUUAAAAAAAGACGAGAGCUUUUCUUUAAGAAAAGUAGUCAAAACUCAAAAGAACCGCCUUUCCUUAAAAGCCAAUUUCUACUCACGCACGCGCUUCCCAGAUAGAGUACUAGAAGAAGAAGAAGAUAACUCGGUUCAUCCAACUGAAGCACCUCAUCCACAGAAAUUCGAAACCGGCACAAAGAAACAAUCAUCGAAUGUUCAAGUCGAAAAUUCUUUGAGGCAAGAGAUAUUGACGCUCGAAAAGAGAUUACACGAACAAGUCUCUGUUCGUUGUGCUCUGGAAAAGGCGCUUGGUUAUAAAAAUUCUGCUCAUGAUAAUAUUACAAAUGAAGAAGCUACUAUCCCUAAGUCAGCCACAGAACUCAUUCGAGAAAUUUCCGUAUUGGAGCUAGAAGUCGGGCAUUUGGAACAAUACCUUCUUUCUCUAUACAGAAAAGCGUUUGAUCAACCAAUCUCAUCUUUAUCUCCAAAAAAGAAGAUGGAAGAACAAUUCAAAUCUCGCAUAGUAACGACACCUAGGAGAAGGCGGCUCGAUUUUUCUAGGUCCGAUUCAUUAAAGGAAAAAAAAUCAGCUAAAGGCGGCCCAUUUGAAGAGAAGUUUCUAGAUUCGAGCGUUCAACGAUCUCAUUCGUCACUAUCGCAACGUGGGGCACUGCUAAACCGAGCCUCCUCUCCACCAUCAGAUGACCUCGGCAAAGCUUUACGUUCUUGCCAUUCUCAACCGUUAUCCAUGAUCGAGUAUGCUCAAAACUCAUCAUCAUCACACGUUAUUAGUCUUGCCGAGCAUCUCGGGGCCAGCAUCUCAGACCACAUUCUUGAAACGCCUAACAAGCUUUCGGAGGAUAUGGUAAGGUGCAUGUGCACCAUUUAUUGCAAGCUUGCGGACAAUCGCGGCCUCUCAUCCCCCAAUUCUUCUUCCGUGUCGUCAUCCACGAGCGCAUUCUCCCCAAAAGAACAAUGUGGUGGUGACAAUGACAUGUGGGGCCCGGGUUUUCGAGUCGACUCUUCAUUUGACGUUCGUUUGGACAAUCCUUUCCAUGUGGAGGGGCUAAAGGACUUUAGCGGUCCCUACAGCUCGAUGGUCGAAGUCAACUGUUUGUUGUUGUACAGAGAUAGCCAGAAAUCGGGCGAUAUUGAGUUCUUGUUACAAAAUUUUAGGUCACUUGUGUCUCGAUUGGGGGAGGUCGAUCCUAGAAAGAUGAUGCAUGAAGAAAAGUUGGCGUUUUGGAUAAACGUGCAUAACGCUUUGGUGAUGCAUGCAUUUUUGGCGUACGGCAUCCCACAGAACAAUAUGAAGCGAAUGUUUCUACUCUUGAAGGCUGCUUACAAUGUCGGUGGUCAAAUAGUAAGCGCUGAUGUCAUACAGAGUUCGAUCUUAGGAUGCCGAAUGUCUCGACCCGGACAGUGGCUUAGGUUGCUACUUCCAUCAAAAUCAAAAUUUAAAUCCGCUGACGAGCGACAAGCAUAUGGGAUUGAACGACUCGAGCCACUUCUCUACUUUGCCCUCUCGUGCGGGUCGCACUCUGAUCCUGCGGUUCGUGUUUUCACGCCCAAGAGAAUUUAUCAAGAGUUGGAGGCAGCCAAAGAGGAUUAUAUCCGAGCCACAUUUGGGGUACGAAAGGACAAUAAAAUCCUUCUCCCGAAAAUUGUGGACUCGUUCGCCAAAGACUCGGGACUCUGCCAAGCAGGUGUUCUUGAGACAAUCGAAAAGUCCCUCCCCGAGUCGUUGAAGAAGAGCAUCAAGAAAUGCCAGCUGGCGAAGAACAAGAAAAGCAUCGAGUGGGUCCCACAUAAUUUUUCCUUCAGGUACAUUAUAAUGAAGGAGAUCGCGAGGUGAAAUUACGGGUUUUGGCUUCUAGAGGCUCNUUCUGAAUCUGAGCUCUGAUUACAUAUGUUUUUCU